AUGACUAGGUUCAAGUCUGAAAGAAUCGCCAAGUUCGCCUUUGACUUUGCCAAGAAGAACAACAGAAAAUUGGUCACAGCUAUCCACAAAGCCAACAUUAUGAAGUUAGGGGAUGGUUUAUUCAGAACCACCGUCAAGGACGUUGGUCAAGACUACUCUGGUAUUGAAGUUAACGACUUGAUUGUCGAUAAUGCUUCCAUGCAAGCCGUUGCCAAGCCACAACAAUUCGAUGUCUUGGUCACUCCAAACUUGUACGGUACCAUCUUAUCUAACAUUGGUGCUGCUUUAAUUGGUGGUCCAGGUUUAGUUCCAGGUGCUAACUUCGGUAGAGAAUACGCUGUUUUCGAACCAGGUUGUAGACACGUUGGUUUAGAUAUCAAGGGUCAAAACACCGCUAACCCAACAGCCAUGAUCUUAUCCGCUGCUAUGUUAUUAAGACACUUAGGCUUAAACGAUCAUGCUGAUAAGAUCUCUAAGGCUACCUACGACGUCAUUGCCGAAGGUAAUGUUAGAACUAAAGAUAUCGGUGGUGCUUCCUCCACUACUGAAUUCACUGACGCUAUUGUGGCUAAAUUGAAUUAA